UUGAUUGAGUUGAAGACGUUGAAGUCAGUCUCCGUUACGUUGCUGUAUUUUACGUAUGAGAAAAACGUGUAUGUGUAAAAAUUUGUGACUGUGCUUAUAAAACUUUAGUCUAAACAUUACUGUGAUAUUAAACGUGAAACUUCAUUAUGAGUAAUUACGAUGACGAACAAUGUGAAGAUGGAGAAUUAGCGCAUAGCCCUGUCCAAGACGACGAAGACAUGGAUUUCAGUUUGUCUGAUGAGGACCGUGACAAUGCUGAUUCUUUAGUGAUCAAGCCUCCCCAAGCUGUAAUUCGGCCAUCUCAUAGAGACAGGAGAGGCCACAAGAGAUCUGUCAAAGACAGAUACAAAGAAAGUUCAAGAAAAGAUAAGAAACAUAUUUAUAGGGACCGUGAAAAGUCUGAUAAACCUACUAGAGAAAAUUCUAAAGCUAUUGAACGCGAUGAUGUGUCCAAAGAUUAUCAUAGAGAUAAACAAUACUACAGGGAGAAAGAUUCUUAUCGGGACAAAGAAGUUAGAGAUAAGGAACUUGUUCGAGAAAGAGAAAUGAGGGAUAAAGAUGUGUAUAGAGAAAAAGAUCCUUACCGAGAGAAGGAAGGUUAUAGGGAAAAAGACCCUUAUAGGGAAAAAGAAGCCUACAGAGAGAAGGAGGCUUAUAGAGAUAAAGAACAAUACAGAGAAAAAGAGGCAUACAGAGAAAAAGAAGUGUACAGAGACAAGGAAGCCUACAGAGAAAAGGAAGGAUAUAGGGAAAAAGAAACAUGUAGAGAAAAAGAGUCUUACAAAGAUAGAGAACACUACAGAGACAGGGAAAUGUUCAGAGACCCUUCUUAUAGAGAAGCAGCAAGACCAAGAGAAGCAUACAGAGACAAAGAGUCACAGAGAGAAAGAGAUGGCUAUGCAAAUCGUGAAAGGCAAUAUAAGGGUUCCGAAAGUGAACGGAAACAUCAAGACACUGAAAGAAUAGAAUCUAGAUUAAGAUUGCUCGCAGAAGAUGGACAUGCAAACCAUAACAAUGAAAAAGAAAAUAGGUCAUCUGGGGAUAAAGCCUUAGAAGAUUUAAGAAGUAGACUAUUAAGUAAAAGAAUGCAGAGUAAUGAUCAAAAAAGACAGAGUGAUUAUACUGAGAAGGAGUCCAAGCCUGAGAGACAAACUGCUCUUGAUAAACACCAACAAGAAAGAAGAAACAAGUUACUAGAAGCAGAAAGAGAAAUGGAAAAAAGGAAAACGGAAUCACGCAAUGAAUUGGAAGCAAGACGCGAAGAGCGUCGUCGUCGCGGUAAAAAACGCUCUGCGUCUUCUGAAGAACCUUCUAGCAAAAAAAAUAAAUCCACACAUUCUCCACACUAUGGGGAUGUUGUCACAGUGUCUGAUGCUAGUGAUGUAGACCUGAAGAGUGAGGCAGAAUCUAAUUCAGAUCAAGAGGAAGGAGAGCAUUCAAAUAGUGAAACAGAUGACGGUAGUUCUAGUACAGAUUCAGACUCUGAUGCUGAUUCAAAAUCUGAGGAGGGUGAUGAAAAUGAAGAAGAUAGGAAAACUGACAAGGAAGAAGAGCAAAAAACUGAAAAUGUUAAACAAAAAUCUCAAUCACCACCUGUCCGCAAAUCAAAUCAUGGUACUCCAUCAUCAAAUGAUUCUAGAAGAUCACUCUCUAGAUCCAAAAGUAGAAGCCGGUCUCACUCUUUCUCGCCUCCUCCACCUGGAGAAAAUGGGAAACCAGAGGAAGAAGCACAACCAUCUAAGGAAGAUGAAGAGCAAGUUCGUCUUAGGGAAGAGGUUAUUAAUGCUCUGCCACCAUAUUUCCCUGCACUACAGGGGUGUCGAUCAGUUGAGGAGUUUCAAUGUCUGAAUAGAAUAGAGGAAGGCACAUAUGGAGUUGUUUACAGAGCUCGAGACAAAACAAGUGAUGAAAUAGUUGCUUUGAAGCGACUAAAGAUGGAAAAGGAAAAGGAAGGCUUCCCUAUAACCUCUCUGAGAGAGAUCAACACAUUACUUAAGGGCCAACAUCCGAAUAUAGUCACCGUGAGGGAGAUCGUGGUGGGCUCGAAUAUGGACAAGAUAUUCAUCGUCAUGGACUACGUGGAGCAUGAUCUGAAGAGUCUCAUGGAAACAAUGAGGGGAAAGAAACAGGUGUUUUUACCUGGGGAAGUAAAAUGUCUGAUGACUCAAUUGCUGAAAGCUGUUCACCAUCUUCAUGAUAACUGGAUAUUGCACAGGGAUCUCAAGACUAGCAAUCUUCUUCUUUCCCACAAGGGAAUACUAAAAGUGGGUGACUUCGGCCUAGCCCGCGAGUACGGCUCGCCGCUGCGUCAGUACACGCCUAUAGUCGUGACGCUGUGGUACCGUGCGCCCGAGCUGCUGCUGUGCGGCAAGGAGUACUCCACGCCCAUAGACAUGUGGAGUGUGGGCUGCAUAUUCGCCGAAUUUAUUACCAUGAAUCCGCUGUUUCCUGGAAAGUCCGAAGUGGACCAGUUGAAUCGAAUUUUCAAGGACCUGGGCACCCCAUCGGAGCUGGUGUGGCCGGGCUACGGCGAGCUGCCGGCGGUGCAGAAGAUGACGUUCGCGGAGCACCCGGCCGGCGGGCUGCGCCAGCGCGUCGGCGCCGACCUGCUGUCCGAGACCGGGCUGUCGCUGCUGCAGGCGCUGCUCACCUACAACCCCGCCAGGAGGAUCACCGCCGAUGCCGCGUUGGAACAUAAAUACUUUCAGGAGCAACCGGUGGCCAUCGACCCGGCGAUGUUCCCGACGUGGCCCGCCAAGUCGGAGGGCAAGAGCCGCAGCACGCACAGCCCGCGGCCGCCGGCAGGCGGCGCCGCCUACGCGCAGUACGCGCGCGCCGACUCCGACGAGGCAAGAGGCUUCAGAGUGCAGCCGCAGCGCUCGCUCAACGUGGCGCCCGGCUUCUCGCUCAAGUUCUAGCGGCCCCACCCCCCUACACACAACAAAACUCGGUGACACCUGACCUGAUUUUGUUGCUGCCGGCCGCCCUGUGAUCGACGGGACGAUUCAUCUGCUCUAUAGAAACUGCCGUUCUAAGUGAUACGUUUAAAUCCGUGAUCCGUUUUUACAAGCCCGGAGUUUACGUUCGUGGCCACUGUUGGGAUUAAAAUUUUAAAUUGUACUCUGAUGUUUUGAAAUAUAUCCCGAACCAAUGUAUGAUAAACUGUCUAGUGACGCAUUUACUAAACAAAUCGUUUGUUGUAUUAUUUGUUGAUGUUUAGCACAAAAAUGCUUACUUUUACAUACCUCGCUAGUGAUAAGGUCUACAUCUUUUAAAUGGUAUUUAUUAUCAGAUCAUCCGGUAGUAUUAUUUGCCCCGCAAGAGAUUAGAUGUUGUGUCCUUCUCGUAAAAUAGUCGAGAGAAAUGUUAAUAAAUGCAUUAGCAUGUUUAGCAUUUUGUGCAAACAUGGGUAAAACAAAUAACCACGUGUACUUAUAAAAUGUAUAUGUAUAAUAGGUAGUGGUAUAUUUAACGAUAUAAAUUAGUCAAACACUUGGUGUCAUAGCAGAUGUAUAUGCUUACAUAGAUCGAUAUUUUUGCAUUACAGUUAAAUGUUGAUGUAAAUGUGGACAGUUUAAAUUCUGUGGGAUGGCUUAUCAACGUAGUAGAGAAACUAAUCAUUCUUUACAAUGGAUAAAUUCUUUUUUUAGUUCAUGUGUAAAUAGGGUUAAACUUUUUGCUAUUAAAUCUGUUAAUAUACCUUUUCAUCAUGGUAACAAUAGAAUAGUCUUAGUCUAAUUAGCAUUAUAAUUAAAAUAUGGUACAAUAUAACAUGUUUUGACAACAA